AUGGAUCUUCAGCAUCGUAUCAAGGCCUAUCGCUUUGUCGCCUAUUCGGCGGUCACUUUCUCGGUGGUCGCAGUCCUUUCGGUCUGCGUCACGCUGCCGAUGGUCUACAACUAUGUCCAUCACAUGAAGAAGACCAUGCACACGGAAAUCAACUUCUGCACGGAGUCCGCCAAGGAUAUCUGGAGUGAGGUGAAACACCUUAAAAGCAUCCCUACCGUAAACAGAACUGCUCGUCAGGCCGGAUACGGUGACUCCGGAGUUGGCGGAGGAUCAGCCAGUGCUGGCGGCAACUGCGACUCUUGCUGCCUUCCUGGUGCUGCUGGGCCUGCAGGAACCCCUGGCCAGCCCGGUCGCCCAGGAAAACCUGGAGCACCUGGUCUGCCAGGAAAUCCAGGACGCCCACCACAGCAGCCAUGUGAGCCCAUUACUCCCCCGCCAUGCAAGCCAUGCCCACAAGGCCCUGCCGGACCUCCCGGACCUCCUGGUCCCGAUGGAGAUGCCGGAUCGGAUGGAGCUCCUGGCGCACCUGGAAAUGAUGCUGCUCCCGGAGAAGCUGGACCCAAAGGACCACCAGGACCCGACGGAAACCCUGGCGCCCCCGGUGCUGAUGGACAGCCAGGAGCGGACGCUGUCUCUGAGCCACUCGUGCCAGGAGAGCCAGGACCAGCCGGAGAACCUGGACCACAAGGACCACCUGGUCCUGAUGGACAACCUGGCCAACCUGGAACAGAUGGUGAACCAGGUCCAAAGGGAGAGAAUGGACCCGAUGGACCACCUGGUGAUGACGGCAACCCAGGUACGCCCGGAGAGCCCGGUCCAGCUGGAGAUGCCGGAGAGCCUGGAAUCUGUCCCAAAUACUGCGCCAUUGAUGGUGGAGUUUUCUUCGAGGAUGGAACUCGGCGCUGA